ACGGUUUGUGGCGAUGGAAGCCUUCAAGUCUGAAAAGAGCCCGGCCCCCAAGGAGAAGCCCAGUCAGUCGCGUUCAGAUGGGGGGCUUGUUUCUGUCACUAUCCCAGCCUCUCCCUUCAUGCAGAAGCUUGGAUCCGGCACUGGGGUCAAUGUCUACUUGAUGAAAAGAUCUCCCAGAGGUUUGUCUCGCUCCCCUUGGGCCGUGAAGAAAAUUUAUUCCAAAUGCAAGGGCGGCAAGGAAAACGUCUAUCAGCAGAGACUGAACGAUGAAGCCAAGAUCUUGAAAAACCUCCAGCACCCAAACAUCGUGGGUUACCGUGCCUUUACCAAGGCCAACGAUGGAAGCAUGUGCCUGGCCAUGGAGUACGGAGGAGAAAAAUCUCUCAGUGACUUAAUCGAUGACAGAGCCACAAACCAGCUGGGCCCUUUCCCUGCUGCCACGAUUUUCAAAGUCGCCUUGAGCAUGGCGAGGGGGCUGAAGUACCUUCACAACGACAAGAAGCUGCUCCACGGAGAUAUCAAGUCUUCCAACGUGGUCGUUAAAGGUGACUUUGAAGCCGUCAAGAUCUGCGAUGUGGGAUUGUCCAUGCCCCUGGACGAUAACAUGACCGUGAGCGAGCCAGAGAUGUACUACAUCGGCACCGAGCCCUGGAGGCCCAAGGAGGCUCUGCAGGAGGACGGCGUGAUCACUGACAAGGCCGACAUCUAUGCUUUUGGGCUGACCCUCUGGGAAAUGAUGACCCUCUCCAUGCCCCACAUCGACAUAGAUGAACACUUUGAUGAGGAAGAGGGGUCUUUCAACGAAGCGUAUUACGCAGCCCUGGGAACCCGCCCGCCCCUCAACAUGGAUGAGCUGGGUCCAUCCUACCACUCCGUGGUCUGCCUCUUCUACGUCUGCACCAGUGAAAACCCCGCGAAGCGUCCCUCGGCCGCAUGGAUCGUGGAAGCUUUGGAGGAAGGUCCGGCCCCUGAGUAAAGGCAUCUGAGCUCCUUUGCCCUGGGGAGUGCAGCUUCGCUGUCCCUGAGCUCUGCGUCGAGGUGCAGGAGCUCGCAGAUCCCAUGUAGAGGACUGAGACUACUCCUUCACAUAUAUGAAA